CCUAUGUGUCCAUGCACACAUAGGCUGUAAUCAGCAUUUUUGGCUGAAAAAAAACCCCAGAACUACUAAUCCUUCAUAUCUCACAUCUGGAGGGCUGCUGGGGAUGCAAAAAUGCACUGUAGUAGCCAGGGGCGGACUGACAACUCAUGGGGCCCCCGGGCAAUAGGGGAUCAUGGGGCCCCUGUGUCCUCGCCAACACCCAAAAAAGCCAAUGAAAAGGUACCAGGGGCAUCUCAUGGGGCCCCUACUGACCCCGGGCCCUUGGGCAGUACCCGAGCGCUCGAAUGGUCAGUCCACCCC